ACAAAGAACAACUUUGUUGUUCUUGACAACGCGUAGUCAAUAACCUGUACUUUGACAUUCGUGCGAUACAAAUAGUUAACUACAAAUUUUUUCCAGUUGUCAGAAUAUGAAUGGUCAAUUGACGAACAAGAUAAAAUCAACGCGAGAAAUAAUUGGGCCGUUGUUUUGGCUCAAGAUUGUUGGUCUUGGAAAUGAAGGAGUCGGUAAAAGCAGUUUAAUUCGAAGCUUUUGCGACAAAAAAUUUUCCAAAUCUUAUAACGAAACAAUCGGAGUUGAUUAUGGUUUUAAAAUACACGAGUUGGAAGGAGUAGAAUAUCGCCUGAACUUCUGGGAUUUUGGCGGAAAUGAUGAAUAUCAUAUGAUAAGAACACAGCUUUAUAAAGAUACUAAGGGAUGUAUGCUAAUAUUUGAUGUUAGCAACAAGGACUCAUUUAUAAGACUGGAUAAAUGGCUGGAAGAGUUCCACAACAACGGUGGAAAAGGAGCUGUGGUUGCAGUAGUUGGUAAUAAGGAAGACAACAUGGGUUUUUCACUCAUCUGUAAUAUGCGCCAUGUGUAUAGUUUGUUUAACAAAGCUACGUAUUGCAUGUUGCAGGUCUAGUAUGUUCAACAAAGUGUGACAGAAUGAAAAGACAAGUUAGCAUUGAUGAAGGAAAGAAAUGGGCAACAAUGAAUGGGUUUAAAUAUUAUGAGACAUCAACUGCAACAAGAUUGGGUGUAAAAGAAAUGCUGGAUGGGCUUUUGAAUACAAUUGUUGAAAAAAGAAUGAUCAAACCUAAAUGGAUUGGAGAUGAAAAUAAACCUAAUGUGGCAAACUAAAAUUAUAUGAGUGUCAUUAAUAGUACACAAGGGUCAUAUGACUUACGAAAAAUGGGAGAUCUUCACAUUGUAAAUUCUUGGUGCAAUCAACAUUAUUUUUCAUCAUAACAUUUUUUGAAGUUUAUGUACAACAUGCUCCUUGAACAUGCAUUGUAUGAUUGAAAAAGGUUGAACAUGCAUUGUACAUGUUAGACCUUGUUCAAGAAAAAAACGCACCUUGUGAUAAUGAGUACAGUAAUCACACCGAUGACAUUCCUCUUUUUUUAAAUCAAGAGUCUUGCUAUCAUCCAUUUUUCGCUACUUUAAAGUAAUGAUUUCUGAAUCUGUUGUGAAUUUCCCUUAAAUUCUUAUCAAUGUUGAGAUUGUCACUUUUCUAAUAAAAUACAAACAAGAAAGUAUGGUUACAUAAAGCCACAAUUGAGAAAACUAAAUGUUGUUUGUGCAUAUUGCAUUUCAGGUAUUAAAACCAUAAUAAAAUAUAUUGUAAUUA